AUGAGAGAUUUGCAUCAACCAGUACCAGCCAACAAGCAAAACAAUCAAAGCGAAAAUGAUUCAACCGAAGGCAAGACUAAAUUUGUGACCACCCAAAAAUGUGGCUAUGGCAAAUUCCGAUCCUUUCGAACAAUCACCGGUGAAGAAAUGCGACUGAAUGAAUUCCCGUGGAUGGUUGCAAUAUUUUCUCGAUCGUCAAUGGGUAAACUAGAAUAUCUUGGUGGUGGUUCAUUGAUUCAUGAGUCGGUGAUUUUAACGGCGGCUCAUUUGCUGCUGAAAUUUUCACCCGAACAAUUGGUGAUUCGUGCCGGCGGACAUGACAUUUUGAAAACAACACGUCAACAACGAAGGGCAACGAAUGUCAUCAUUCACGAAGAAUUAAACGCCGAUUGGCUCAUCAUUGCAUUGAUCGUAGUGAGUAGAGCAUUUAAAAUGACCGAUGCUGUGAAUACCAUUUGUUUACCACCACAAGGCAUUCACACCAAUGAAGGUACGAUGUGCACAUCAGGCGGUUGGAGCAAAAAUACGAUCAAUUAUAAUGGAAUAUAUCAUGCAACACCGAAAAAAAUACAACUACCAAUUGUGGAUCAAGGAAAUUGCGAGGCGAUCUUAAGAAUAACAGGAUUGGGACCAUUUUAUAGUUUGCAUGAUAGCUUGAUUUGCGCAGGCGGUGGUAGACUAGAUACAUAUAAAGGAGACGGCGGAUCACCAUUAUUUUGCAGAAUUCCAUAUGGCAUGAGACGAUUUUAUCAAACAGGCAUCGCUGCUGGUAUGACGGGACGUGGGGAAAUGCUACCUGGAUUGUACGUUAAUGUUGCCUAUUUUAGCGAUUGGAUAAGACAACAACUUCGAUUUAUAAAAAAGCGAAUGAGACUGGAAAAUAUUUUACCAUACGAAUUUUUCUUUUGA